ACAAGCCCAAACCAGACCAUAUUUUGAAUGAUGAGAUCUAACAAAAAGAUCUCUUCUUUCUUCGUUAUAAUUAAGGCCCACAUGCUACGUCUUGGUAACGCUUCUCUAGCUUCAGCUUCCCACUCCGGUCAGAUUCAGCGAGGUGGAGCUUGUAACUCCCGACGGAUAUCCAGAAGAUGGCCUCGUAUGUUUUCAACAACAACUCCUUGAAGAACGGACUCGCUGACAAGGCUUGUAGUUUCAACAACAACGCUGCUCUCACUUCCAUCAAUCCCAGUCAAGGAACUUGUAGAUACCAUUCAAGUAAGAGAGUGAGCAAUGGUCGAGUUGUGGAUGACAACUUCAAUGGGUGCAGGACAAGCAGAUAUGAGCCGUGGAUGACGGGUUUCCAGCAGCUGUAUCUUGUUGGUCUUUUCACAAACUCAGAACCAAGAAGAGGUCAAUUGGUAAGUGACAAACACAUGUUGAUAAGACCAAAGAAGCUUUCUUAAUAUUCAUAUUUUUUUUGACAAGCAUGAACUAGAUAGGUGUUGUUUCAUGGUAGAGCUUAUCAAUGUAGGUUGUUAAGGGAUCCUAAAAGGGUUUUUGGGAUAAUGAUGCUUUUAACUAA